AUGCAGAUUGCGAAUGAGUCAAUCGCUUUAGGCGCUUGCGAGAGGCUACCAUUGAGAUGGUGCGGUGAAUUUGAUGUGGUGACUGUGCGGGAUUGUCGUAGUCGUCGGCAAAGGGAAUACGACGCGCUGAUUGAUUUGGGCCGGACACCGGGAACUGUGGUGCCAGUCCUGUUGGUAGAGGAGGAGCACGGAGACUCAGCAAAUCUAGCGGGGCGCUGUAGCUUGAGUGGAGUUGUUGUCCAGGGCAGUCAGCGGCAUGGUACAACCUUGGUUGUGGAUGGUACGCCGUCUGAAGGUUGGAAGCCGUCUACGGGGCUGAACGGUUUGGCGGUGUCAGGUCGCGGCCUAGUGCUACGGGACACCGCAGUCUGUAAAGACAGUUUUGGCAAUGUGUGGAGGGUCGCCAGUUUAAUGCAUAAGGAGUGGGAUACAUCGCUAAUUUGGGGUUGUAGAGUUUGA